AUGGCACCCAAUAAAUCAUCCGACUCUGAUGAUGUAAUUGAUGAAACACAAGUAAAGAUCUUUCGACAUGGAAAGUCAGUACAUCAAAUUCUCGGGGAAGGAGAAGUGGCAGAUAUAUUAUUAUGGAGGAAUAGAAAUAUAUCAGCCGCGUUUCUGCUUGGGAUGACAACAAUUUGGUUUCUAUUUGAGGUUGUUGAGUACAAUUUUGUGACCCUUAUUUGUCACAUUUCCAUCACCACAAUUCUUGUAGUCCACAUAUGGUCCAUUGUUGCAGAUAUCAUGAGAUGGAAUGGGCCCCGGGUCCUGGAAACUAUUUUACAAGAUUAUUCCUUCUUUCAGCAUCUUGCUACUAUUUUACACACAAGAUCUAACCAAUUGUUAAGAAUGGUCCUCUACAUUUCAUGUGGAACAGAACUACCAUCCUUUCUUCUGAUCAUCUUUUUCCUCUAUAUAUUGUCACUGAUAGGAACCUACUUCAGCUUUGUUAGUUUGCUAUAUAUUGGUUUUCUUUGCAUUCAAACACUGCCAAUUGUAUAUGAUCACUAUAAGGAAGAAAUUAACAAUCUGGUUGAACAUAUCAUAAUGGACCUCCAGAAAAAAUAUAGAAGAUUUAAGAAGAGAUAUCUCAACAAAAUUCCCCGAGGACCAGUGAAAGAAAAGAAAACCAUAUAA